AUGUAUUGCGUAGAGGCGUCAACAGCAUGUGUGAGUAAUAUCGUUAUAGUGUACUUAACAGACGUAGGUAAUAUUUUGCAGCCUUACGUCUCACCAAUAAAGUAUGCUAAUUACAACGAAUCGGCUGUGUCCAACGAGAAUUAUGAUUUAAAACGGAAAAAAUCAGCACAAUCAAGAAAAUGCAGUAAAAUAUGUGACCGUAAGCCAUUGACAAGGAAAAAAACGAGAACGUGGGCUAAAACACGUCAUUCAGACUACGGUUGGCAGCCUCUUUGUAGACGAUCCUCGCGGAGAGACAGGGAGGCAGGGACAAGACGGCGCUCUAAUGAACUAUGGCACAGCGUCCCCAAGAUCCAAACUUCGAAAGUAUUUGCAUCUUCUUCAAGCUGCAGUCAAUGGCCAGAUAAUUUGUCAGAAAAGUUUCCUAAGGUCUCAAGAAAACGAUGUAGUAACCGCAAUAAGGCCUUGAACCCCAUGUUGGAAAUAGCUCGAUAUAUAGAUAGAAUAUUAAUGGACAUUGACGACUCUAAUACGUGA